CUUCUGAACUUCCUGUCACGAGGGGAGAGUCGAUCAUUUUCGAUCAGAUGAUUGAUUGAAAGCAGAAUGGUGGGUCCAGGUGGAGGUGUGCUACUUCUGGUGGUCCUUACAGGUUUGGUCUUCUCUGAAGAACCAGCAGUCACGAAGCUGGAUGGAGAAACGGUGACUUUACAUCUGAACCAAACAGAGCCUCGGUUUAAGGACUAUCUGUGGACCUACGGCCGACAUAACCCCGUUUUAGCCAUAACCAUCGUCACCCAAGGAAAAGUCACUCCUGUCAAUGGGACCAGGUUUGGAAACAGGCUGCAAACAAACAUAGAAACGGCAUCGAUCACCAUCUCUAACCUCACCGUCAAUGACAGCGGGAUAUUUCUGGCUCAGAUUCUCACGGAAACAGGAACCCUGCUGCAGAGAUUUAACCUGACCGUCCAAGAUAAUUCAGUUAUUUUUGAGAAGGUUCUGGAGGGGAACAGCGCCACUCUGGAUCCUGGAAUAGAGACGCUACAGAAGGACCACACAGUAAGGUGGACUAAGGGUCCAGAUUUCGAUGGAACGCUGAUUGCUCAGUGGAAGGACUCAAAUUUUUAUCAGAUCAGAUUUUUAUCAAUGAAACCUUCAAGGAUAAAGUACCUUGUCAUGGUCUACGAACUUGUUCCCAAACCACAAAUCUCGUCAGCACCCGCCAACUUCACACAGACUGAUGGGAUCUGCUCCGUCAGCUGCUCAGCUAGGAAUGCACCUGAAGUUUUCUUGUCCUGGUACCAAGGAGAGAAGAAAAUAAUUGAGAUCAGUGACUCAGACAUCUCUGUUAACCUCACGCUGCCUCUGCAGAUCCAGAGUCAGCCUGAAGUCAUCUACACCUGCAGAGCUGCAAACCCCGUCAGUGACGCAACAGUAAUGCUCAACUCCACAGACUGGUGUCCACCUCAUCACUCAGAUCAUCAAUCCAUGUUUUGGAUUCUUGUCGCCACUGUCGUGGUUGUUGCUGUUGUUGCGUUUCUCAUAUUGAUCAUUUGUCUGUACAAACGAAGCAACAGACAAGGAGCACAGGGCUGCUGUGAGGUGGUGAAAUGGCACAAAGAGACAUUACCGCUGGAUGACGAUGUCUCGGAGGAAAGUAAUGAACGCCUGCUGGCAAACCCAACACAACAAUCCGGUCAGAGUCAGUGAAGAUCCUUCUGGUGUUGUUCAUUGUCUACAGGAAUAAUUCUCCUGCUGUAAAUAUCAUCAUGUAUAUUUUGGUAGAGUCUUUAGUUUUAAAUAUGUCGGGUUAAUUUCCAUUAAUUAUUUUUAACUCUACUCUCCACACCUUAUUGAAAUUGUUAAGGUUAAUCUACAUAAUUAAUAAUGCAGUGUAAGGUAUAUUUGUAUUUUGUAUAAUUUUGCAGGGUUUUUGCUAUAAUAUUAACACAAAACAAGCCGAAAUACCAAAAGUGAGACAAAUUAUACCAACGAGACAAAACAGCAAAACUGAGACACAAACAAGGCACAAAACGACAACGAAUGAGACAUAAAAUGACAAAAAACAAGACAGUACUCAAAAAUUGGGACAGAAAAUGACAAACACACUAAGGAAUGACGCAAACGAGACAAAACAACAGAACCAAUACACAAACAAGGUACAAAACGACAACAAAUGAGACAAAACUACAACAACUGAGAUGUACGCAUAAAAUGGGACAAAAUUACUUUAGAAAGAAGAACUCAAAUGAGACAAAAUGACAAAAAAUAAAGCAGUACGCAAAAAAUGGGACACAAUAUGGCAAAAAAACCACAAAGGAAUGACACAAAUGAGAUUAAAUGGCAAAACUGAGACACAGACGAGGCACAAAACGACAAUGAAUUAAACAAAAUGACAAAAAAACAAGAUAGUACACCAUAAAUGGGACAGAAUAUGACAAAAAACACACCAAAGAAUGACACAAAUGAUACAAAACAACAAAAGUGAGACACAAACGAGGCACAAAACGACAACAAAUGAGACAGUAAACAGCAAAAAACCUGACGGUACGUAAAAAAUGGGGCACAAAAUGACUAAAAGAAGGAACAACUCAAAUAAGACAAAACGACAAAUGUGAGACACAAAUGAGGCACAAAACGACAACGAAUGAGACAUUAAACAACAAAAAACGAGACAGUAUGCAAAAAAUGGGACAAAAAAGGUACAAAACGAAGGAACGAUGCAAAUGAGACAAAACAACAAAACUACACUAACAAGGUACAAAACGACAACAAAUCAGGCAAAACUACAAAAAAUGAGACGGUAUGCAAAAAAUUAGACAAAAUGACUAAAAAAAAAAAAAAGGACACAAAUGAGACAAAAUGACAAUGAUGAACAGAUUUACAGCCGAACGUUUAAAAUGUCGGAAUGGUUUGAGGGCGCUGGGACUGUUUCUAUGACUGUUUUUAGUCAUUAAACUGUAUUUUUAUACAUAUUUUCUUUAUAUUUUAUACAGAAUAUUAUAUGAAUAAUAAUUUUUUUAUGCUGUGCAGUGAAAACAUUUAAUAUCAGCAGAAACAUGAACAGGAUUUUACUGAACUAGAGUCUCUCACUGCAACAAAAACUUAAAAAAAAACAUUGAAUAAUUUUUCUAAAUUCACAUAUUUUUGCAGCUUUAAGUUGCAGCCUGUGUAGAAUCAAUAAAAUAUUAAAGGAUUUGCACUAAAAACAAGGUUUUCACUCACUUCUUUGCUUCUUCUCCUAAACUUGUGCGAUAUUUAAAUGAUGAAUCUGGUGGAAAAAUAUAGAUAUCUGUAAAAUAACUUGAUUUAUUAGUAAAAAUAAAUGACACUCAAAUCUUAUGAAGUUUGACUCUAAAACACGAGAAGGCUCAAAAGCUCAUAUGUACAAGAUCUCACUGCAGAAUGUAAACGUUCGUUUUGUAAUAUUUAAUUUUACUGGAUUUAAUGGAGACUUGAUGCAUUGAUGUUUUUACUGUCCUGCUUUUUCUUUUACUCUAACUUUUGUGUAAUUAAUACAUUAUUCCGAUAUUGUUCAAAGUAAAUUUUGAUGCUAAUAACUUUUUAUUUUAAUAAAAACGUUAAUGCAGAGCAGCA